UACUUUCUCUCGAUCUCGAUCUCGAUCUCGACCUCGCUCGCUUGCGCUUGCUCUCUCUCUCUCGCCCCAUUUCCGGAACGGCGGCGAUACCAUCCGAUUCGAUUCGUUGAUCCAGCUUCUCCUUCGACGCUCGACAAGGGUUUCUGGAGACUUUAGCGUUAUAUCUGUUGUGUGGGAUUGAUGGCGGAACACUUGGCUUCGAUAUUUGGUACUGAGAAGGAUAGGGUCAACUGCCCGUUCUACUUCAAGAUUGGGGCAUGCCGCCAUGGCGACAGGUGCUCUCGUCUCCACAACCGCCCCACAAUAUCCCCAACCCUUCUCCUGUCCAACAUGUAUCACCGCCCCGACAUGAUCACCCCAGGGGUCGAUGCCCAGGGCCAGCAAAUAGACCCCCGAAAGAUCCAGGAACACUUUGAGGACUUUUAUGAGGAUAUUUUUGAGGAGCUCAGCAAGUUUGGUGAGAUUGAGAGCCUAAAUGUCUGUGAUAACCUUGCUGAUCACAUGAUUGGGAAUGUCUACGUCCAGUUCAGGGAAGAAGACCAAGCUGCUGCAGCUGUUAAGGCCCUUCAAGGCCGGUUCUACUCAGGCCGCCCAAUAAUUGUGGACUUCUCCCCAGUGACAGACUUUCGGGAAGCCACUUGCCGGCAGUUUGAGGAGAACAGCUGCAACCGUGGAGGGUAUUGCAAUUUUAUGCAUGUGAAGCAGAUCAGUAGAGAGUUGAGGAGGAAGCUAUUUGGACAGUACCGGAGGUCUCGUAGGAGUAGGAGCCGUAGUCAAAGUCCUGGCCCAUACCAUCGGAGGGACAAUCGUGAUAGAGACCACCGUGACCGUGGGGAUUAUUAUGGGAGUGGACGGAGGAGUGGAGACAGGCAUGGGAAGUAUGAGAGCGAUGGGGGAAGGCGGCGACAUGGGAGCCCUAAGCGGAUGAGGAGCCCAGUGAGGGAAGGAAGUGAGGAACGGAGGGCUAGGAUCGAGCAGUGGAAUCGGGAAAGAGAGGAGAGGAAUGCAUGAUUCAGGUUGAAUUUCUUGCAGUAUCUUGUUUACCAUUUCUAUUUAUAGGUGACGUAGGCGAGGAGUUCUGUUUGGCCUUCUGCUUUAAUUGUGGAAACACUUUGUGGUCCAGAUGUUUUAAUUGCACUCGCUGAACCUCAAAAAUGGUCUCUCUGAUCUCGAUGUUUGAAUGAGAACCUGGAUCUUUUGUAGUUUAUUACAUUUAUAUUUGGUUUGCCAUGAUCUGCUGGACUAAUAUUCAUCUACAUGUACCAGGUGUAGUAUCUAA